UUUGCCGCAGAGGUUUAUCAAAAAAAUUUCUGUCAAAUUUCGUGAAACACAGUAAUAGCCAAAACGACGCUACAAAAAACGAUGUUGAACUUAAUAAGCAAACGUUUCUUUACCCAAUGAACAGUUGUUUACAGUGUAAGCAAGUCGUUGAACCAAAUAAUAUCGCGGGGAAAUGGCCUCGGAAUCUCGGCGAGCCCAGGAAUUGUAUUCUGAAGUGAUGUAUGAUCUGAUCGAUGAAAUGACACUGGGGGUCUGUUUCGAAACUCAUCGCAGUGCUAAGAUUGGGACGUUGUUUUUGGCCGACCUGGAUCCAGAGUCGAAUAUUGCAUUCAAAACCGUAGAUGAGAAAGGCCUUGAUGUGUUCGGACAGGUCCCAAUGAAGAAACAGCUGGAGUGUGUCUGUCCAAGUUGUAGUAGGAAUCUUGCAGCCUCUAGGUUUGCCCCACACCUGGAAAAAUGUAUGGGAAUGGGUAGGAACAGCUCAAGGAUUGCAAGUCGAAGGAUCGCCCGGGCUGGUGUGAAGAAGGAGAACCACAGUGAUAAUGAACUCCAGAACAGUGAUGAUGAACAAGACUUCGAGUGGAAUGAUAGGAAAGCACGAAGGAGGCGAGACCGAGCGUACGCUAAUUCUCCUCGGCUGAAGACAAAGUCAAGUCGGCCAAAAAAUGGGAAGACAAAGCUCAAUGGUGGUGGAACCGGUGGUGAUGUCCACAGUCAGCCUCUUGUGAUUGAGCCACCGAUGUACGAAUCGAUGACCCUUGAUGAAAGGAAGUCACUCUUACUCAUGACUUGUGGUGUGAUAUCGGAGCAUACAAAAAAGAUGUGUACCAGAUCGAUGAAAUGUCCCCAGCAUUCUGACGACCAGAGGAAAGCUGUUCGAGGGUAUCUCCUUGGGCAAAGGCCUUAUUCCUGCCGUACACGACAUGAGAGGAGCUCUUGUCUCGACCCGGUUGAUGAAAUUCAUGUUGACAUCGACACGUACGAUGAUGGAGACAGUCAAGCUAUGCGGGACACACUGCAAUGGGAGGCCGCCUCUGCUCCUUCACCUGCCGAUUCUACUUCUACUACUACAAGUAACAGUUCAAAGAAGAGGAAGAAGUGUAAAUCAAACUUGUCAAGCAAGAAAAAGAAAAAAACCUUAACGAGACCAGGAUCAAGAGAUAACAGUGCCGUUACAACGGAUGCUGGCAACUUGUACGAGUUUGUUUGAUGUAAAAUACAUAUCUAAGGCUUUAAGGUGAUACUCCUGUACGUAUUGUACUUUCUCUUUUUGUUUUGCUCAAUGAGUUACAUUGGUCGAUCAUUCAAACAAAAUUGCAUUGAAGUGCAAGUGAUGAAGUACUGGGCACUUUCAUGGCAACAUAACUACCAUCAAUGGCGUAUGCCACAACAACACCCACAAUGGUUUGGUAUAGGGUGUCUUUCUCCUGUAACUAAGUGAUGUGGUAUUGAGUGAUCAGUUGGUGUUUGUAUAUGAACUUACAAAGGGAAGGGAACUUGAAGUAAUGUCACACUUUUAGUCCAAGUAAGGUUAUUUGUAGCUUGUAGGGCUACAGAAUGAUACUUUUGAAGAUUUUAGAAAGUGACCUGCCUAAGAUCUUCUCAAUAUUUGCAAGUAUGCACCCCCUUUGCACAAUCGACACACAUCACAAUAUGCCCCCAGUCUUUGAGAAUAUACGUAACAUUGACUUCUCUUUUCCUGCAACAUGUGCAGAAUAAAUUCUCACAUUUCAAGUUGUUUUUCUUUGUGAUCUUUUUUCUGAUUGUUGGUUGUAUGGACCCGGCCUAGAUACAGUGUGAGACCCAUGAAUUUCACAAACUUCCUGUAUUGGACUUGGUUGGUCUGAAUUUGGAUCAGCACUGUUACUGGAUGUAUGCAACGGAACAUUAAAAAUUCAACAAAUUGAACUCUGAAUUUGGAACUAUGCUAUUUUUACUUCAAAACUCAAAAUUCGGCAAAUGUUGAACUUUGAAUUUUUAAACUAUGCUCUUCUUGGACUUCAAAAUUGAAAUUUUAACAAAUAUUGAAUGGUGGUAAGAAAUAAAGAAAAAGUAUUUUAAAAACAUAAUAGACGUCCGUUCAUAGCAUAUGCGUGCGUAGUGACCCCUAGAUCAUGCCAUUGAUGGUUGGCUGAAAAGAGUGGAAAUAUCAAUGUCAGUCCAAUUUGUCGAUUAUCAAAAAACUUCCACGGUCAACUACCAGUUUACUUUUCACCAUUUUACUUGCCCGACUGUCCGGAAUAUCAUAUCAAAAUUUCAGAUUCACAACCCCACGCAGUAUUUGAUGCUUCGCGGUCAAACAUUUACAAUUUAACUGCUAAAAGGCUUAACAAAUCAAUGGUGGUCUUGUCUCACACUUCAGUGGUGAAAAGUUAUUUGUGUUUUUUUAUAAAAGAUGGUGAAUUUAGGUAAAUAGCAUUCCGCGAUAAUGAGGUCACUGCAGCUGCUGCCCUCUUUUUCCCCAUCGCUGAAUUACAGGCAAUGUCGGACAAACAUGCGGUUUCGUAAUGGAUUCAGGCUUUCUAACUAGGGCAGUUAGAUUCAAUCUGGCACAUGUCCGAGUGUUGGAAAUACUACAUAAUUGUUCUGAAUAUUUCUCUCUCUGACUCUAUGGUAUCAUUCACGCUAAAAACAAUGCAGGGUCAAAGAUAAUUGACUUUGAAAUAAGCUCAAAUUCGUAGGAAUAAGUGUCGAUGUCCGACUGUCACGUGACUAAAACGUCAUCAAUAUCUUAUUCAAAUGACCUUGUGAGCGAAAAAGGUAGACACUUUGGUACUCAGUUUGAAAAGCGUCUCUGUCCUUUUGGGUGUAACGUUGUCGAGGACGAGUUUCACUUUUUUGCACGAUGUCCCUCUAACAAUAAAUUAAGAGACGAGUAUCUCACAAGUAUAAAUUUUUAUAAAUGUAGU